AUGGUCCGAAGUGGGGGCUCGUAUGGCGAUAUCGAGUCGGGAGCUGGCGGGGCCAUGAGGUCUACAGCGUAUGCGUCGGAGCAGAGCAAUGAAGAAGCAUUGAGUCAAUUGGAGGAGAGGGCUAGACUAAUCAAAGAGUUAACUAAAGACAUCCAUGGCGAGGUUCAAUCACAAAAUCGUUUCCUGGAUGGCAUGGGACUGGAGAUGGACUCUGCUCGAAGAAUGCUUGCUGGAACAGUUGAUCGCUUCACGAAAGUGUUCAGCUCCAAGCAGAAUCGGGGCUUGGCAGCCGUGGUGACGUCACCGUACGGGCAUCAGCUGCACUGGCAGGACAGUGUGGAGGAGGGGCAUUUCGGAUUCACAACCAAGGAGACGGGGCAGUACAUGGCGUGCUUCUGGCUACCCGUGGACCACCCGCAAGAGAUUCACAGUGUCAUGGUUGAACUUGAAUGGAAGAUUGGCGUAGCAGCCAAGGACUGGGGCAAAAUCGCCAAGAAGGACAAACUUGAUGGUAUCGCCCUGGAGCUCCGCAAACUGGAUGAGGCUGUGAGGUCCAUUCGAGGGGAGAUGGCUUACUUCCGCAAGCGAGAAUCGGACAUGCGUGAUUUGAACGAGGUGACUAACUCAAGGGUGGCUUGGCUGAGCAUCGUUUCGCUGCUGGUGUGUGUGAGCCUGGCUGCCCUGCAGCUCUGGCACCUCAAGGCCUUCUUUGAACGCAAGAAGCUGUUGACGCAGCUCGGCAUUAUGGCGGAGGCGAAGCGGGUGCGCUUGGGGUUCGUGGGCGCGGGGCAGAUGGCGGAGGCGCUGGCGCGGGGGAUGAGCGCCGCGGGGGUUGUAGCAGCGAGCGACAUGAGCGCCAUGGACCUCAGCCAGGAGCGGCUGGCAGUGUUUGCAGAGAUGGGGGUGGCUGCUAAGACGACGUGCAAAGAGCUCGCAGCAGCCAGCGAUGUGAUCUUUAUAGCAGUGAAGCCACACACACUCGCAGCAGCCAGUGACGUCAUCUUUAUCGCAGUGAAGCCCCCCACAGUGAAGGCCGUGCUGUCAGAACUGAGGGACAGCGCCGCACAUGAUCCAACCCCACAUCUUAUCCCUUCUCCUCCCUUUCCAUCACAGCUCGCAGCAGCCAGUGACGUCAUCUUUAUUGCAGUGAAGCCCCACACAGUGAAGGCAGUGCUGUCAGAACUGAGGGACGCUGCUGCCAUCACAAGCACCCACCUGGUUGUCUCCAUUGCUGCGGGAGUCACGAUCGCGAACCUGCAGCAGUGGGCGGGUGAUGAGGCGAAGAUUGUGCGAGUCAUGCCGAACACCCCGUGCCUGGUGGGGGCGACAGCAGCAGCCAUGAGUCUGGGAGGCAAGGCGACAGCAGAGGAUGCAGCAUUGGUGAGGCGCAUGUUUGAAGCGGUGGGGAAGAUCCAGCAGGUGGAGGAGAAACUGCUUGACGCCGUCACUGGGCUCAGUGGCAGCGGCCCGGCAUAUGUGUUCAUGGCAAUAGAGGCACUGGCGGAUGGAGGCGUGGCUGCUGGCCUGCCCAGAGACGUUGCUCUCUCCCUCGCCGCUCAAACCGUGUUCGGAUCUGCAAAGAUGGUGUUGGAAACGGGCAAGCACCCCGGCCAACUCAAAGACUCGGUGGCCUCUCCUGGAGGUACAACAAUUGCAGGCAUUCAUGCGCUAGAGAAGGGAGGAUUCCGAGCUACGUUGAUGAACGCAGUGGUUGCAGCCACGGAAAGAAGCAAGGAGUUGUCAAAUUAUUUUCUCGUGGUUUUAGGAAUGGUGGCAGUAGCGGAGGAACAGGAGGUGCAGGAGGCGGGGGAGCAACCGGUGGAGGUUGCGCUUAAAGUGGAGGAAGCGGAAGCGGGGGGGCGAUCAGGGGGAAGCGCGGCUCCGGCGGAAGACGCGGAAGCGGGGAGAGAAUCCGAGGGAAACGCGGAUCGGGCGGAUGAUGAGGGGGCUUUGUUAGGCGGUGAGGUGAAAGGAGGGGCGGAGAACGGGGAGGAUGAUGGGGACGAGGGGGAGGAGGAGAGGAGUGGGGAGGAGGAAGAAGUUGAGGAAGGUUUAGAUGGGGAAGAGGCGGAAGCAGUGGCGGAAGGAGAGGCGGAAGGAGAGGCGAAAGGAGAGGUGGAAGGAGAGGUGGAAGGAGAGGCGGAAGAAGAGGCGGAAGGAGAGGAGAAAGGAGAGGUGGAAGGAGAGGCGGAAGGAGAGGCGGAAGGAGAGGCGGAAGAAGAGGCGGAAGGAGAGGCGGAAGAAGAGGAGGGCGAGGGGGGGGAGGAAGGGGAGGAAGAGUAUAUGGUGUUGAGCGAGCAAGCCGUGAGGCAAAAGAAACUAGACGACUAUGCCCGCUCCUUCGCCCCCAUAGUUUGGGAACCCAAAAUCACCCUUCCCUCCUCUUCCUCCUCCACCUUCUCCUCCUCCUCCUCUCCGUUCUCCCUCUCCUCCCUCUCCUCCUCCCUCUUUUCCCCCUCCCUUUUCUCACACUCUCGCCACAAAAAUAAGCCUGUCAAAGCUAAGCCGCUCCCUCUAAAACUCGGCGCCGGUGCUGACGUGGCAAGGGGCAAGCCUGACGUGGCGAGGGGGAAGAGCACCGGCAUCCGGGGAGUCACUGUUGCAACUACUGGGUCGGCACGGAUCGUCUUGCGGGAAGCUUCCGAACUGGGCGGCAUAAGAAGCACGACCGGGAUCCGAUUGUCUGUUAUCAAGCAGAAAGAGGGGGAGGGAGGGCAGGGGGGAGGAGGUAAAGGAGGAGAGGUAGGAGAGGGGAAAGGGAGCGUGGGAGGAGGAGGAGGAGGAAGGGGAGGUGGGGAUGGAGAAGGGGGAGGGAAGGGGAGGGAGAAGUGGGUGGAGGGGCAGUUGCAGGUGCCUCCAAAGGACCCUCACAAGCUGGCUCAGAUUGCACGCAAGAACAAACCCAACACCGCCGGACCCAAGUGGUACGACCUUCCUGCGCCGGAUAUAACUCCUGAGAUCAAGACAGAGCUUCAGUUGCUGCGGAUGAGGAACGUUCUAGAUCCCAAGAGACAUUAUCGAUCGGCAGAUUCUAAGAAGCUUCCUACGCACUUUCAGAUCGGAACAGUGGUGGAGGGAGCAGCAGACUUUUACAGCAGCAGGCUGACAAGGAGGGAGCGGAAGCAGAGCUUUGCAGCAGAACUGUUGCACGAUGAGGAUUUGAAGAAGUACAGGAAGCGCAAGUUCCUGGAAAUUGCGGAGGAGAAUCAACGAAAGGGCAGGAGGCAUCUGGUGAAGAGGCAGGACAGGAAGAACCCCACGUGGGCCAGGGCAGCACCCAAAUGA